AUGCGAUUCACUCCUCACAGAGACGAGCGACUGCAGUACGAGUUUGGCGACGUGGGGUCGGACUACGACUCUUUGACGGAGUCUGAGGACGAUCUGGAGGACCUGGGCCAGAUUCUGGCGUCGGUGAACCUGAAGAACCGGUUUGAGUAUGUUAGUAAGGUUUACGAGGAGGAGGAGAAACAGCCGGUUGUUGUGCGGAUUGGGCGGGUUGACGAUGGCGAGGAGGCUGGUCCGAUUGACGCGGAGUUGGUGGAGGACGAGAAGUUCGAUUUCUCCGAGUAUUACUCCCAAAGGGUCUCCAAGAGGCUUGAGCAAAGUAGAAAACGGGUGUUGGAGCUUGAGGCGGCGGAGAACGAGAGAAUUCGACAGAUCAAGGAACAGAAACGGCUGGAGGAGCUCAGGAAGCGCCAGGAGGAAGAACGUCGCCGCAAAGAGGAGGAAGAACGUCGGCUGGCGGAAGAGAAGAGGAAACAGCUCGAAGAACAGAAACGCAUAGAAUUGGAGCAGCAGAAACGGCUGGACGAGGAGAAGAAGAAGAAGGAAGAGGAGGAGCGCAAGCGGGCCGCUUUGGAGGCCGCCAAGAAGGCCGAGAAGGGCAAGACAAACUUUCUGGCUGUUGAGCAGCUGUUUUUCAAGUACAAGCAGGAUAUUGUGGAUAUCAAGGCCAACGUGGUGGAGAAGUUGAAGGACCCGGCCAACAACGGACUGAAAAAGAUCGUGGGCGCGCAGAAGCGGAAGAUCAACCCGAAGUUUGGCCAGUUGACCAACAGCGAGCCGCAAUGGCAGCGGAUUGUUUCGCAGAUCUACGAGCUGGUGACCGAGGCCAAGACCAACGAGCUCGCGUACAAGUGGCUGCUGAACUUCAUGGCCAAGGCGAUUGUCAGUCAGGCGGAAACAGAGGUCACGGUGAAGCCAGACAGCUCUGUUCCGUUGGCAAAGCUGGCAUUGAACCUGAUGGUUGUUUUCCCCGAGUUCAGUUACUAUUUGCUGGCACGGUUCGUGAAGAAGUGUCCUCUGGUGAUUGGAUACACGUGCAAGAUCGACACGGAGGAGGGCCGGCUACGGAUGGGCUGGAAACGCAAGGGCGACGGCAAGUGGGAGGAAGAUAUCCAGUACGACGAGCGGUUGUCGGGGAUAGCCACUGUUUACGCUGUGAUGUGUCGGUACACGAUCGACACAACGUUUUUCCGGUGCGAUGUGGGGCAGACACAGCACCCGUUGCCGAUUUCGAACGCGUGGAGACUGCAGAGCCGGCUGCUGAACACGCCGAUGGAGCUGGUGACCAACGUGCACUUUGCCGUGGCUGGUGCGUGGUGGGAGGCGUGUGCGCACGAGAUGUGUCAAGCUUAUGGGAAACAGGGCCAGAAGCUGCUACAGGUGACAUGUAUGGACUGGACGGCCAGUGUGGCUGAGCGCAAGUACAGCGGGGCCGCGCGUCUGCGGCUGAUGGGGGACGAUUGGCACUCGAGUGGGGGGCUCAAGAAAUUCAAACGCAUGAUGGCGCAGGACGUGCCUAAUCAAUAA